AUGCCCAAGGAGUGGAGGGUGCAAUACGAGAUCUGGACGACACGGAGCACAAAGGUCGAGCAGCCGAGAGCGCCCGUCGCAGAAACGGAGCCGGCUCUGCCACGACCGACGACCCCGAGACCAGUCUUUAACAGAGUAUCCGACUUGUCCACGCCCUCACUAUCGACUCCUGUUCGUGAAGACCUGUUGUCGACCGUCUCGACCACGGCGACGGCCGCAUCCUCCGUCCAUUCCUCACCCGUCUUGACGACUUCGUCCCCGACGACCACCAUCACCACGCUCGAAGAUGCAUCCGAGACGUCCCCCGGAGUCACAUCGACUGUACCUUCUUCUUCCCCCACGUCGCAGAAUGGGGAUAGAACCGCUGCUGCUGAUGAAUCGUCGACACCGAAAUCGCCCACCGAUCCGACUUCGGCCCCGACCUUGGCUCCUCCGGCUACACCCGCACCGUCAGCUUGGGGCGUCAAGAAGUCGUGGGCCGAUCUACUGCGGUCGCCCGGCUCUUCGGUUUCAUCGCCGACGCGCCAAGACGGCUCAGCAGCACGACCUCCCAUCAUCGAGUACAUCCCGAGAGUCUCUCCCAACGGCACCGGCAAGAAGAGCCUCGCGCAGACCCUCGCCGGCGUCGAAAACGAGUUCCAGCAACCCCACCCUAUUGUCCCUCGAGGCUUGAUCAACAACGGCAACCUCUGCUUCGCGAACGCGAUCCUUCAGGUGCUCGUCUACUGCGCUCCGUUUGUGAACCUGCUGGACCUGAUCAAGAAAGAAGUUAUGGGUGAUCUGAGCGGGAGAACCCCGUCGAUGGACGCGAUGUGAGUUUGAGCGAUAGUGUUCGUGUCUCGAGACGCGAUUCGCUGACAGGUCACAUUGUUCUUGUAGGAUCCACUUUUUGUCCGAGUUCCACUCGUCCGCCAAGACGACCGUUGUCUCGCGCAACCGACUCUCGAAAUCAAUCCCUUCUUCGCCAGCGACACCGGGCACCAAGGUCAACAACCUCAACGCCCACCCCAAAACACCGAUCACACCGUCGUCCCAACCCCACGACACCUUCAUCCCUCUGUCCGAGUACGCCGAACCUUUCGUCCCCGAAGGCGUGUACGAAUCGCUUAAACCCAAUAAGCGUUUCGAUGCGAUGCGACGAGGGCACCAAGAGGAUGCUGAAGAGUUCUUGGGUUUUUUCCUCGACACCCUCCAUGAGGAGAUUCUGAGUACGAUCGAUCGUGUGGAUGGGGCUAAUCAGAAGGAAAAGGUUGACGGGGUCAAGGCGGUCGAGGACGAGCAGGAUGAGGAAUGGGUCGAGGUCGGGAGUAAAGGAAGGAUAGCUACGACUAGAACGGUGAGUUCAUUCAAGUCGCAUAAACGCCAAUGCUUUGGACGUGGACUGAUGAAUGGGGUCUACGCUUUGAUCGCCCAGACGGAAACGCGCGAAUCACCCGUGACUCGCAUUUAUGGCGGUCAGCUACGAUCCAUCCUACGUUGCCCCGGUCAAAAAGACUCGAUCACGCUCGAACCGUACCAGCGACUACAACUUGACAUUGAACCUGACCACGUUCGGACGAUCGAAGACGCGCUACUCAACCUCACCUUGCCCGAACCUCUACCGGGUUUCAUAUCCGCCAAAAGCCUACGCGUCGAAGCGAUGAAGCAGGUCUACCUCGAGUCGUUCCCUCCCGUGUUGAUCCUGCACCUCAAGCGUUUCGUAUUCGACAAUGUGGGUGGGGUGCAAAAGAGUGGCAAGUUGAUUGGGUAUGGGACCGAGUUGGAAAUUGGGGAGAAGAUCGUCGGGCCGACGAAACGCACGGGCAAACCGGUCAAGUACCAAUUGUUUGGAGGUGAGUGAGAGUGCUGUCAUGAAUGACUUGAUUUUUGAUCAGGCGAGGUUGAUCAUGGUACCACUUUUUUUUUUUGCGCGUUAGUCGUCUAUCACCAUGGCAAUUACGCUUCAGGGGGCCAUUACACCGUCGCUGUUAGACAACAGAUUCAUUCGAACGGAUCAUGGCUACACAUUGACGACACCUCGAUCCGACCGAUCUCUACCGCCGACGUUGCCGUAAAAGUCACGGGGAAGGGGACGGGGAAAGGACGCGAAGGUGCAGGUGCAGGUUCAGGUGUGGGAUCUCAUGCGUCGUCGAUGAUGAUGGAUGGGGAGAAGAGGGCUUAUUUGUUGAUGUACAACCGUGUGGACUGA